CUACUGACAAGUUCUGCAGAUUCUGUUCGGCAAGCAGUAUUGACAUACAACACCAAGAGAUGGCUGAGCAAGAGAAUAUAACCAUGAGGGUUAUUGUCUCCGAGGGAGAUAUAAGAAAGAUGACGACAAAACGACCUGACACGCUUGACGAUUUGAUUGGCUGGCUCAAAGGCACUCUCAAAGCAAACUAUAGUUUCACCUUACAGUACCAAGAUCCUGAAUUUAACAAUGAACUGUGUAACCUCACCAAUCUCUCUGAGCUCCCAGAGAAGCCAACAAUCAAAAUCAUCCCUAUGAUUGAGCUGGUACCAAUCUCAGCAGACACUGAAUCAUAUGGUGAAACAAGCAGCCAGGCAGACACAGAGAAUCCUGUCCAGCUCCUCUCUGGAUAGAAGUUUUAAGUGGCCAGAUGUAUUUGACGUUCCCAAAUUUUCAGUUGAUGUUGAGUACAGACUUCGUCAAGGUAACCUGUUGUGUCUGAGAGAUGGAACAUGUCUUAAGGUGACAAAAGAGUUGAAACAUGAUAUACUGGAGAAAUUGGCCGAGACCAUAUAUGCAUUUAAAGCAUACCCAGAAAAGGAAGAUUUUGAAGCAGUUGCAAAAGCCUUAGUACAAACCCACCCGUGUCUCAAAGAAUCAGGGUCAUCCUCCGGCUGGAAUGGAUGGAAGAACAGUCUCAAGUUCAAGAUGGGAAACUACAGAACCAAAAUGCGCCAGAUUGGACGAGUUGAUGUCACUGUCAAUGGUGGUAAACGUGGAAGGUACACUGCAAAUGCCGACCCUUCUCACAAAGGCAUAAAAAAGCCAAGGAAAGGAGAAUUUAAUUUCCUACCUGAAUUUCCAGAGGGGGGGGAUGACCACAACCUGGAAGAAGUUCGCCAGGUUUUGGUCAAUGAGAUGAUGAAGACAAAGCCAAAUGGGUCCCUUGUUAAGAAAGAGAUGGACCUGACAUUUGCGCUUCUGAGAAAAGAAGUUGUCCAAAACAAGCCUGCCAUCAGCCACAUGUUACAUCGAUGGCCAGCUCUUUUCACAGAAAGCCAGGUAUGUAUUACUCCUGAGUGUUUAAAAAAGACGUAUGUGUCACUGUAAUGUUAAAUACAAUUUGUGCAUAGAUUCUUGUUUUUAGCUUCAUAUGCAAUACAUGUUUUGUUUCA